AUGCUAGUGUAUGAGUUCCUCCCUAAAGGUAGUCUAGAAGACAUUCUUCAUAGUGGCCACAAGAUGCCUAUCAACUUGGAUCUGCGUUUAAGAAUUGCUGCAGAAUCAGCAGAUGGUCUAGCUUAUAUGCAUUCAAAGACCACUACUAAGAUCGUACAUGGUGAUGUUAAACCAGCAAACAUACUGUUGGAUGAUAAAUUUGUGCCGAAGAUCUCAGACUUUGGCAUAUCAAGGUUGAUUGCAAGAGAUAAACAACAUACCCUAUCAAUCAUUGGUGACAGAAGCUACAUGGAUCCUGUAUAUUUCCAAACAGGCCUACUAACUGAAAAAAGUGAUGUUUACAGUUUUGGAGUUGUGAUCUUGGAGCUUAUCAGCAGGGAGAAGGCCACACAUUCUGACAAUAAUAGCUUGGUAAAUAAUUUCCUUGAAGCUCACAAGAAUGAGAAGAAAGCAACUGAGUUUUUUGACAAGGAAAUUGCAGUAACAAGAGAUCUAGACCUUCUUGAUAGUCUAGCGGAGAUGGCCGUGGAAUGCCUUAGCCUUGAUGUGGAUCAGAGACCAACAAUGACAGAGGUAGCAGAGCAACUCUUCAAACUGAGUCGAUCUCGUGACUUUUAA